AAUCGGAUAUGACGUAAUGGAAAUGACGUAUAAUUAUAUUGUCUAAAGAAGGCUCACGUGCAUCUAUUUUCUAUGAAUGUAUYUUUUAGCUGUUUUUAAAUGGUUAAUUCAACCUUUCAAACAGAUGACUCCGCAAUUUCUUUUUAUCAGUUCUGCUGUUUAAACAGCUGGUGAUGCAAAAUCUCAUGUUUUUUUGCAAUAGGGUCGGCGGCUAUAAAAAUGAGUGGAAAUAGUUUUCAAUUUGUYUGUCAGUUGAGCCGUUGUGGUAGUCACCAAUCAGGUGUUAUACGGGAAAGCCCCAUUUACAUUGCUCGCGCUUGUCAUUCCUGGCACCACACACGAAGAGGAAGGAACAUACGAAGUCUGAACAYUCAGGUAACUGGCGUAGUGGAUUAGAAUAUUCUGGCAAUGGGAAUAAAUGUUUUGCAUGUAAUGUAUGAUGUACAACUUCGUACAUUAACGAAAUGAUGACUGGCAUCAACUGGUGCAGGAUGGUUUAAGUACAUUCAAAUCUUGCCUACUCAUCAGUUAUUGUACGAUGACUUGCGUCAGCAAGACGUAGCCGGUAUUUUAGAAGGGGAUUUAGUAAAGGAAAUCAAUACAAAGACCUUUUCUUCAGUAACUUUAAUAAUGUUUAGUAGACGGGCAAUUAUUGCGGAGAUUUAAUAGGGGAAAAUGRAAUGUGACAUUUCCAGUAAUUACUAAAAGAAAACUCUGUUCACUCUGUUCAUUACAUUAAACAUCUGUUUCUCCAUUUUGUUUUUACCUAGUUUUUGAGUUUUUUCCCUCUAAAUUCUGAGUUGAUGUAUCUCUUGAUGCUUUCAUUACUUGUAAAUAGAUAGGUAUAGGAAAAGGAUUUGGUCAUUUAUAAAAGUCACACUUUCAAAAUGUUCCUUUCAGAAGAUCAUACAGAAAGAUGGAGAUUGCAUCAGAAGUUCGCGUUGCAUUAGUGGUGAUACUCUUUACGAAGUUGUCAAAAACAAGUCCACCUUGCAACUGGAAUCAGAUAACUCGUAUCAAUGGCAAUAAAACAGAUUGUUGGGACUGUCCAAAUUGUCCGACAGGGUAUGGKCUUUCUCCGCAAUGUUCAUCGUACGUGACAAUGGACGUUCCGAUYCGRUGCUCCAAAUGCAAGGAUGGCGUGACGUUUUCAGAUACCAAUGACAUCUCAUCCUGCAAGCCGUGUAGUAUUUGUGGACCCAAUGAGUUCACCAUAAGACAAUGUAACGCAACGCAUAACGCGAUUUGUGGCAARUGCAAACCAGGAUUUUAUCGCGAGAUAACCUUCGAUUGUUGGCCUUGYACCAAAUGCUGCCCAGACAGUACAGUUGACGACAUAGAGCAAAAGUGUAUAGACCAAGGACUUCCCGCCAAGCAAUCCUGCAGGUUAAACUUUCAAACAAAAUCCUGCGCAAAAAGGGCCAGAUCGGCAACAGUUAAGCCAAGACCUUCAACUACGAAAUCAUCGACCAAGUCUUCCAUASUURAUCGUACCACUUUGGAUACGCCUUCMAGUAUUGUCAUYAACCAGACAUUGAUUAUUGUACAGUAUCGUUACCAGCCAACGACGGACAGGCUGUGGAUGGGUGUUGGCAUAUCGUCUUGUUUGAUUUUGUUUAUUGGUUUGUUAAUCUUUGUUCUUCGUAAAGUUCGAAGAAGAUAUCACUAUCCACAACCUUCUUCAAUAACUAGUGGGAAAGUGGCUUUCUACCAACUUAAUCAACUCGAACCAGGAACUGGAGUCUAGCUUCGAUACGACUAACUACGUCGAAGUAUGACAAGAAAGCACCAGUUAUGUGGUGUUUCACGUACACAUAUAAAGUUCAAUAACAGAACACUUAGAACUAACCCAAUGCAAUCUUAAAGGAAGCAAGAAGAUUGAUAUACUAUUGAUGAAAGUACUUUAAAAACAGAGAUCACUCAGUGCUCACUAAUCAUUCGAGUGAAAAGCGAUGGAAAAGGUUCAAGCCCUUAAAGUGAAAAAUUUUAUCAAAAGAGCCAAGAAAAACCGAAGAAAAAUAGUAUUACUGAUUUUCAGUGUUGGUACUGCAUAAAUGGGUUUGAUCACGAGAAAACGUGCACGAGGCGAUGGUGGAAAUUCGGCCUUGCUCGAGACAUCAACAUGAACCUCGGGCCCCUUACAAUUUUGUACAAGCUUAUAACAUGAAAGUUCCGCCGUCCUCACGGGAUUAGAAACUUUUAGCAUAGGGAACCUUUUAUAUUAUUGAAGGAUUUUCUAUAUCGGACCUGUGGCAUGUUCUUAUGUUAACAGCUCCCUAACUAUGGUGGCAGUAUAUAUCACCAAUGACGUCAUUAAUGCAGGUGCAAUAUGCGUCUAUGGACUAAUUACUUAAACGUUAUUGUUACAAUGCCAUGCAUUUCAACAUAGUAAGUCUACAGUUAGACGAUAGUGUUCGUUAUAGUUAAUACACCAAUUUAAAAACAAAACAAAAGCAAAUGCAAACAAAAACAUCAUGCUUACCAUAUAUUUACUUUUAAUAUAAUCUUCACUGACAAGAGCAAAGGUUUAUUCAUUUAUAGAUAUAUCUAUUGAUAGACUCCUUCGCAGCCUCUUCUUGUUUUAUAACUUUCAAAACCUUAGAAGACGGCUACUGAAUUAAUAUAAUUUUAAAAAUCUAGUCAUAAAAUUUUACUAAAAUAUAUCGCAUCUGAACUCUAUCAUAUAUCAAAAUGUUAUAAUAAAUUAUUCAUUUUGCGCAAUAAAUAGUGUUUCAAUAAAUAAUAUUAAACUGUG